CGCGCAGUCUAAUUCUAUACUCUUAUAGUAAAGACGUACUUUUCUCUGUAUCCGAAACACCAACAAAACAUGGUGUCAGAGACGCUCAUAAGAAAAAACCAACAGUAGCACUGAAAACUUGAAUUCGUAAAAAGUCGUAAAGUAGCUGAAACGUGAGUGGAAAAAAAUGCCAUCCGAUGACGAGUUCGAAGACUCCGUGGAGAGUGAUCUCGGUGGACCCAGUGUGCGGAAAAAUACGGCGGUGAAACUAACCUCAACCUCUGCAAACGUAGCCGCUGCAGCAAGUUCCGUCGUUACGAGAGUGAUAAACAAUAAUGUACCGUUUCCCGAACCACUUUCUUUGUCGGGAAAUGUUCGUCAGAAUGUGAAUGAUUUCAUAGAAGGUUUCGAAAUAUAUCUAAUCGCGUCGGGACUGGAAAAUCAGGAAGAGAGAGUGAAAGUGGCCACAUUCAAAGCGGCUCUUGGGCUAGAAGCGAGGAAAAUUUUUAACAACUGGCCGCUCUUGCCAGCAGAAACAAAUAGUGUAAGUGCUUGUAUGGAAUCGGUGAAGAAAUACAUGGUGCCCAAAAGAAACGUCAAACUCGCCCGGUAUGAGUUUUUGCAGUGCAAACAACAAGUAGCCGACGGUGCUGGUGAUGGUGAAACGAUGUCACAAUUCAUCAAUAGAGCCAGGGCGCUUGUUAAAGAUUGCAACUGGGGUAACAUGGAAGAAGAAAUGCUUCGUGAUAUCAUAGUGGCUGGUUUGAGUGACACUCGGCUGAAGAAAGCGUUUAUUGAUAAACCAGAGCUUACUGCUAAACAAGUGAUCGACCAGUGUAUGUCCGAAGAGGCUACAAGGAAGGAGCUAGAGAAGAAUAAAUGGAUGGAAGAGAAACACGUUGUAAACAAAAUAUAUAGAAAGCAUAUGAAAUCGAAGCUGUGCUCUUACUGUGGGAACGAGUAUCAUAAGAGUUUGGCUGAUUGUCCCGCUCAGGGCAGUGAAUGUCGCUAUUGUAAACAGCGGAAUCACUUCGAAGUCAUGUGUUGGAAAAAGCGAGAAGAUAUGGAAAAGAAGAAGAAAAAUGAGAAGCAGAGUAGGAAGAAUAAGAGUGGACGAUUCAACAAAAAAGUGCAUACGAUUGGGGAAGAAAAUUCCAACGAAAGCAGCACAGAAGAAGAGUUGGAAGAAGAAGUCAUAGACUCAAUCGAAUUUCUGUACAGUGUGGAACAAGGACAUUCUGGACUCCUGAAGGCCGACUUGACCUUUCUGGACAGUGGAAAUCAUUCAAAACAGGUCCACUGCAUUUUGGAUACAGGAGCUUCGUGCAACGUCGUGGGCCUACCGUCGCUUUUGGAAAUUCUGAAUACGAAAUCAAUUUCCCUCGAUAGAAAUCGAGUUAUCCUGAAGGGAUUUGGCGGCUCUUCGAUUAGCACUGUAGGAAGAACAACCGUCGAUGUUCGACAUAAAGGAAACUAUAUAAGGCAGUGUUCAACGUAGUACAGUUUCCUCAGAUGCCAAUCCUAUCCAAGCACACAUGUCUUAAGCUGGAGCUAGUUAAACUUUGUAUGACCGUGAUGGAGCAACAAGAAACAGAGGCCAGAAAUAUUGUGUCUCGAUUUUCGACUGUAUUUCAAGGCUUAGGUAGACUCGAAGGCGACGUGCAUCUCGAGGUAGAUUCAUCCAUCAAACCAAUUAUACAGACUGCUCGCCGUAUCCCAGUCACAAUGCGGGAAGAGCUCAAACAACAGCUAGACGAAAUGGAAAAAAUGGAGAUUGUCGUUAGGGUGGAAGAGCCCACGGAUUGGGUAAAACUGGAUGACGAGAGCUCAAAGCUGACCACUUUCUGGACUCCAUUUGGGCGUUAUCGUUGGUUGCGAAUGCCGUUUGGAAUCUCGCCCGCGCCAGAAAUCUUUCAACGAAAGUUGCACGAAGCAGUUCAUGGCCUUAAGGGCGUGCGUGCAUUGGCCGAUGAUAUUCUUAUCUUUGGAUGCGGACAAAGUACAGAAGAAGCUA